GGUGCAACUCAGACAGAAUUCACUACUAGGAUUGGCAAGCAUUGCCAUGCCCAGCCUCAGAGCUCGUCCCAAGGAGGCAGAGGUGGAGCCGUCAGCUCCAGGAUCAUCCCCGUGGACCCCUGCAGCCCAGGCCUGUGUGAGUGAUGCUCCUGCCGUGACCCACCCUGCAUCCGCAGUCUGUGGUCCCUUCUGUGGCAGUGCUGAGCAAGAAGCCAUCUGCCCUCACCAUCAACAGCCAGAUUGUGACAACAGGACUGAGGACAAGGAGUUUCUUCAGAAGGAAGAUAUUUCUGAGGAUUUGGAAUCACAGGCAGAAGUGUCAGAAAACUGUGCUGGUGAUGUUUCCCAGGCACCCAGGCUUGGAGAACUCUGUGACAACGCAUUAGAAAGAGAUUGGGGAGUCCCUGAAGGUGAGGGCCUGGUGCAGUCUUUCUGCUGGGAGGCGGACUUCACACCAUCAGAAGUGCUCCAUAAGAGCCCCUUAGGGGAGAAAAAUCUGGACUGUAAUGGUUUUGACAGAAGCUUCAGUCUGAGCCCAAACCCGAUGGCAUAUCAAGGAGCCUCUACAGAAGAGAGGCCACAUCCAAAUGACAUGUGUGGCCAGAGCUUCCCACACAGUGUGGACCUGACUGUCCAUGAGGCAGUUCCCACAGCUGAAGGCCCACUCAUAUGUAAUGAGUGUGGAAAAACUUUCAGAGGAAACCCUGAUCUUACUCGGCAUCAGGUCGUCCAUGCUGGAGAGGACUCCUUCAUGUGUGAUGAAUGUGGGAAAUCCUUCAGCCAGAACUCGGUUCUUAAAAGCCAUCAGCAAUCUCAUGUGAGGGAGAAGGUCUUCCAUGGGCCGUCAGACCUUGCCAGGCAUCAGACUCACCACAGGACUGAGAAGCCUUGCGUGUGUGAUGAAUGUGGAAAAGGCUUCAGCCAGAACUCAGGUCUUAAAAAGCACCAAAAGUCUCACAUGAGUGAGAAACCCUAUGAAUGCAACGAGUGUGGGAAGGCCUUUAGGCGGAGCUCAAACCUCAUCCAACAUCAGAGAAUCCAUUCUGGGGAGAAACCCUAUGUGUGUGACGAGUGUGGGAAGGCCUUCAGGCGGAGCUCAAACCUCAUUAAACACCAUAGGAUUCACACAGGUGAGAAGCCUUUCGAGUGCAACGAGUGUGGGAAGGCCUUCAGCCAGAGCGCACACCUUCGGAAGCACCAGAGGGUUCACACCGGAGAGAAGCCCUAUGAGUGCAGUGAUUGUGGCAAACCAUUCAGUCGAGUCUCCAACCUCAUUAAGCAUCACAGGGUCCACACUGGAGAGAAGCCCUAUAAGUGUGGUGACUGUGGGAAGGCCUUCAGCCAGAGCUCCAGUCUUAUUCAGCAUCGGCGGAUUCACACAGGAGAAAAGCCACAUGUGUGUAACGUGUGUGGAAAAGCCUUUAGUUACAGCUCUGUGCUCAGAAAGCACCAGAUAAUCCACACGGGAGAGAAGCCAUAUGGCUGCAAUGUCUGUGGGAAGGCCUUCAGUCACAGCUCUGCCCUUAUUCAGCACCAGGGCGUGCACACAGGUGACAAGCCCUAUGAGUGCCAUGAAUGCGGGAAGACCUUUGGCCGCAGCUCCAACCUCAUCCUUCACCAGCGAGUCCACACUGGAGAGAAACCCUACGAAUGUACUGAGUGUGGGAAAACCUUCAGCCAGAGCUCAACCCUCAUUCAGCAUCAGAGGAUUCAUAAUGGGUUGAAACCCCAUGAAUGUAGCCAGUGUGGCAAAGCCUUCAACCGAAGCUCAAACCUCAUUCACCACCAGAAAGUCCAUACUGGGGAGAAACCUUACACAUGUGUUGAAUGUGGCAAGGGCUUCAGCCAGAGCUCACACCUUAUUCAGCAUCAGAUAAUCCACACUGGCGAGAGGCCCUAUAAAUGCAGUGAGUGUGGGAAAGCAUUCAGUCAGCGUUCGGUCCUUAUCCAACACCAGAGAAUUCACACUGGGGUGAAGCCCUACGACUGCACUACAUGUGGGAAAGCCUUCAGCCAGCGCUCAAAGCUGAUUAAACACCAGUUGAUUCACACCAGGGAGUAGCCCGUUGGUCUGGUAGGAGUGAAGUCCAGCAUGGUUUCCUCUCCGACUCUGGCCGUCUUCCAGGCCUGGAGCCAGUGCUCACUUGCUGCCCUUCACCCAGUGGCCAGGAAGCCUGGAUCACCCUUUACAGGCUUCUGUCUCACUGCCAUUGUUCCUGCUCUGGCGACCUCUUGUUUUGUUUUGUUUUUACAGUUUGAGUGCAGACUGCCACGUUUGUUAGGAAGAAAAAGAUUAUGGGGGCUGCAUAUUCAUGAAUAGAGUUUGUUAUUGUCAUCAAGUUCCAAAAAAAAGUAAAGUGACAUUUGGUUUGCAAUAACCACAGUAAUUCUUUUGUUUGGUAAUUAGUCAUAAGGAGUGCAUUCUUUGUCAGUGGCUGUAGUUGACAUUUUGUUUACAUAAAGUCAGGUUGAGAGUG